AUGUCUAGGGAGCAUCAGCAUGAUAUUAUAGUUGUGACAAAUGAUCAACAACGUUUCAAUGUUCCUGUAAACGUGAUGAAACAGAGUAAAGUAUUCGACACGAUGUUUACGAACAAUUUUGCGGAAUUUGCAGAAAGUCGAGAGUUCCAUGUGGAUCGAAUUGAUGGCAAAGUAUUUGAAAAGGUCUUGGAAUGGUGUGUUGAACAUAAAGGUAAGGAUUUUGCUAACUUUGGAGCUUUUAGAGCACCCAUUCUUUCAUGGCGAUUUAGAUCUGUAUUUUGUCCAUUACUGGGUCAAUACAAAGUUCGAUGAGACGGUCAAAAAACUUAAUUUCAGGACAAUCGGACCCUCAAAUUGAAGUAGAUCCUCAUACUCGAGAAAGGAAGUGGUUUUCGUACACAGAAUUUGAAAAGAAGUUCCUCGAUCAACCUGUCGAAGAACUGGAACAAAUUAUUAUGGCAGCUUCCUAUCUUGACAUAUCUUCGUUGUAUUUGUAUAGUUGCCAAGCAGUUGCUGCAAAGCUGAAAGGAAGGACUCCGGAAGAGAUACGAGCCUUACUUGGUCUACCUGAUGACUUGACAGAAGAAGAGAAACACAAUAUUAGGCAGAAGAAUGUGUGGACUGGAGAGUAG